AAAUCCAAAUUUCCCUCAGCUAAGAGGGGGCUGCCGUCAAUUGAAGUUUUUCCGAAGUACGCAUUUCCUUCACAUUUGAAUCAAUAAGAGUUUUGCAUCAGCCUUGACGGAGCACAGUUAUUGUGCAUUUGAAAGAGUUAUAUUUGCUUGAUUUUUUUUAAAGUCAUUUUUCCGAAGGAAUAUUACCAAUUCAAGACCACCUUAAAGAUCAUCUAUGAGGGGAAACAAUCUACAAAAAUGAGACUUGAUGAGGCGGACCAGGAAGAAAAGAGUGUUCCUGAUAGAACAGAGUCACUUCCCUCUCUUCGUGCUGAGAUUCAUCAUUUCAAUCCCAGUUACUCUGCACAGAGCGGGGGAAAUGUGGUCGCUCCCUCCAUCAUUGGUUCCAGCAUCAGCAACUUAAACAUCAGUAUCAUCUCUACAUGCCGAGGAUCUGUUUUUUCAUCCAAAGAGGAAUUAAACCAUGAUGCUUCUCUACAACACAAAAAUGAAAAGAUCACGGAGUGUCAACAGAAGCUCAGAGCGAGCCACAAGAAGAAGUUCAGUCACUUGCUCGAGGGGAUGACGACAGAAGCGAACAAAAUACCUCUCCAUAAGAUUUACACAGAGCUCUACAUCACUGAGGGAGGAAGUGGGGAAGUCAACAAAGAGCAUGAGGUGAGACGUAUCGAGACAGUGUCCAGGAUACACGUAACCCAGGAGAAAUCGAUCCACUGCAAUCAUCUCUUUGUUCCUCCACGGGGACAAAACAUCCACAUAAGAACUGUGAUCACAAGGGGAGUCGCUGGCAUUGGAAAAACGGUAUCCACCAAUAAAUUCACUCUGGACUGGGCCGAGGAGAGAGAAAACACCAACCUGGACUUUGUGUUUCCUAUCUGUUUCCGAGAGCUGAAUCUAAUGAAGAAGAAAACCCUCAGCCUUGUAGAACUUCUUGAAGUCCUGUUCCCUGAAACAAAAGACUUGGGAAUCUUUUCUAUGUGUGAACACCAGAUGCUCUUCAUCUUGGAUGGUCUAGACGAGAGCCGACUAUCUUUGGAUUUCAACAAAAGUGAAAUUGUGACUGAUGUGACUCAGCAAACCACGAUUGCUGUGCUUUUGACCAACGUCAUCAGGGGAAGACUUCUUCCUUCAGCUCUUGUCUGGAUCACAUCUCGGCCGGUUGCUUCCAGUCAGAUCCCUCUUGAGUACAUUGACCUGGUGACUGAGGUGCGAGGGUUCAACAACCCCCAGAAAGAAGAGUACUUCAGAAAGAAAAUAAGUGACCAGAGCCUGGCAGACAAAGUGAUCACACAUGUGAAAUCCUGCAGGAGUCUCCACAUCAUGUGCCACAUACCAGUCUUCUGCUGGAUGGCGGCAAGUGUCCUUGAGAAGAAGUUGGCAACAAUGGAUGGUAAAGACAUGCCGAAGACUCUGACUCAAAUGUACAUACACUUCUUGUCCUUGUAUGUUGACAGUAUGAAGAAGAGGCUGCCUGGAAGAAGAGAAUCAAAUGCCGACUGUGUGAGGACUAACCUCAUCGCGCUGGGAAAACUUGCUUUCAAAGAGCUUGAGAAAGGCCACUUGAUCUUUUACGAAAGCGACCUAAUCCUAAAUGGUAUCAAAGUCACACAGGCAUCCAUGUUCUCAGGAAUCUACACCCAGAUCUUCAACGAGGAGCUGACAGUGUGCCAGGAGAAGAUGUUCUGCUUUUUGCAUUUGAGUGUCCAGGAAUUCUUUGCAGCUUUAUACGUUUACCUCACGUUCAACAACGACAAUGAAAAUGUCUUGAUCAAGAAGUCUGCUUCUAGACUAUUUUUAUCAAGAGGCUCAUCAGAGCUCAUCCUCUAUAAAGCAGCAGUAGAAAAGGCUGUGCAGUGUGAGAAUGGACAUUUUGACAUCUUUCUGCGGUUCCUUUUGGGCCUGUCUCUUGAAUCUAAUCAGACUCUAUUAAAGCAUCUGAUGACCAGCAACAGAACCAACCCAAAGUCAAGAACUGAGAUCAUCAAACACAUUAAAGAAAAGAUCAGGGCAAGUCCAUCCCCAGACAGAUGCCUCAACCUCUUCCACUGUCUGAAUGAGCUGAAUGACCACUCUCUGGUGGAGGAGAUUCAGAGCUUCCUCAGCUCUGGAAGUCUCAACACAGCUAAACUCUCACCUGCCCAGUGGGCCACUCUGGUGUUUGUGUUACUGACAUCAGAAGAAGAGCUGAGUGUGUUUGAACUGAGCAACUACACCAGGACAGAAGAAGGACUUUUGAGGCUGCUGCCUGUUGUUAAAACUGCCCAAAUCGCAAAUCUGAACGCCUGCAAUCUCACCGCAGUCUGCUGUCGACCCCUGGGGAUUGCUGUCGGCUCAUCCACGCUUAGAGAGCUGGACCUGAGUAACAAUAAGCUGACGGAUGGAGGAAUGGUACUGCUCUCUUUGGGGCUCACGUCAAGCAAACUGGAGACACUCAGAUUGAGGAGCUGCGACCUAACAAAGCCCAGCUCUGAUGUCCUGGCCUCAGUUAUGAGCUCAACAACCUGCCAACUGAAAGCUUUGGACCUUUCUGAUAAUGACAUUCUGGAUCUCGGAGUCCAAAAGCUCUGCAGUGGACUUGGGAGUCCUCACUGCAAACUGGAAACACUUAUGUUGUCCCUCUGCAGAGUGACAGAAGAAGGAUGCACUUUCCUGGCAUCUGCUUUGAACUCAUCCCGAUUGAGAGAGCUCGAUCUGAGCUACAACCACCCAGGAAACUCAGGCCUGGAGCUGCUGUCUGCUCUGGAAGACGACCCACAGUGCAGCCUGGAGAAACUCAGUGUGGAAGAGUGUGGUGAAUCCAGGAUUCAGCCAGGUCCAAAGAAAUAUACCAAAAAACUCACCUUGGACCCAAACACAGCACACAUUGACCUCUUACUGGAGAAGGAAGACAGGAAAGCCACGAGGUGGACCAAGAAUCCGUAUCCCGAUCACCCAGAAAGAUUUGACUUCUGGACACAGGUGCUGUGCAGGGAGGGACUGACCGGGCGCUGUUACUGGGAGACAGAAUGGUGUGGGCGGGCUUUCAUUGGUGUGGCCUACAAGAGGAUGUGCAGGAAGGGAGAGGAUUUGGACAGCUGGUUAGGCAGAAACGACUGUUCCUGGGGAAUGUUCUUCAACAAAGAUGGGUACCAGUACUGGCACAACAAUAUGGGCAGAGGAGUACAGAUCCCUCCUGACUCCAAUAGAGUAGGGAUCUAUCUGGACUGGUCCUUGGGAGUUCUGUCCUUCUACAAAAUCUGCUGUGGCACACAGACCCUCCUCCACACCUUCCACACCACCUUCACAGAGCCUGUCUACCCAGGGUUUUGGCUCGGUUGGGUAGACUCUGUCGUGUACUUGGGUUAAAUGUUAACUUUGCAGUGUUGACAUUUACCUACCUUCCCUUGAUAUCAGACUGAACACCCGGGGAGGAAAACAGAAUUGAGUAUUUUCUGUCUCCCUGGUCUUACUUUUUAAUUUUUUUAAAAAGGUAAAACUACUGUGAGGUUCUCAGAGUUUGUGUUUGCCUUGGCAACCCUUAUGGACAAGCAGUCCUGUACAUGUGUAAGUAGUGUUUUGUGAUAUAUGAGUAUGAAUGUAUAAAAGACAUCAGCAGCAUGCUGUUAUUGCCUGACAAAGACCUAGUGGUAACAAAGCGGCAACCUCCGGUCCCAAAAUAUGAAGCCCAAAUAUGCGGAAGUGCUAAAAACUGCAGUUCAUCAAAUGUCCACUUGAGGCUGGCUACAGAAACAUCAAAACCACAUACACACCCAUUCAAAAACGGCGAUCUUUGCAGCAAUAGCAGACAUGUAUACAGCCUGGUUGGGUCUACGUAGCUAAUUUCUCUAUUGGGGGGGGAUUUUUUUCUAAUGCAACAGUUCAGAAGAUAUUAAGAUUACAAGUUUUGCCCAUUGAAGGACAUGACUGACAGCCGGGCACACUGUAGCUGUUGGCAAGCUGUUGGUUGAGUUCAGCAUUUCCAAUAUGGCUCCCGCUAACGAUUGACGGUUGGCGCUCAGGAAGAGACGGGUGGCAUCACGGAUACUACGUCCAUCAUAAAUACAGCCUAUCAUGGUAACAAUAAGACACAUUUUAAAUAACUAGGAUAGUGAAUCUUCUCUCUUUGCUGGUCAUCGAGGCAUCCUUAUUUUUGGUCUGUUUCAUAACCAGCUUAAAAUUCCUUCAAAGGGUUUUAUUAUGAAAUGUUUGAAUCACCAAGACAACAAUGUAACGUGACUACCAAUGAUGGAUUAGUAGUAGAAAAAAAAAGAUAUCAAGAUUGAAAUUGUACAUUUCUGAGAAUAAUUUUGAAAAUGUAUGACUUGAUUCUAGAGUAUUUGCAACUGUUGCAAAGUCUUGCAGACUUUUACUUUAAAGACUUUAUUCCCAUAAUGUUUCCAUAUUCUUGUAAAUUUACGACUUAAUUGUCAACUUCACUCUUGGCAUUCUACUUGAUUGUUGUAAAUAUUCUACUUUAUCCUUGAAAUUUAAUUGUGUAUUUUUUCAUUGAUAUGGCCUUAAUCCUACGUGGAACAUUCUGCCUUGUACAUUCAGCAACGAGACGCACUUGGGUCAAACCCUGAGACUUUUUUACUCUCCCACCUUUACGUAAUUUUCAACCAGAUUGGAUAUUUUUUUUUGUUUGAUCAGAUAGAGAAGCUGCAACCUAACCUCUGAUGCCCUGAUGUAAAAGCACAAAUACUUGCGUAUGAAAUGACUCCUAAAAAAGUCAGAGUACUGGUUCCAAAAGGCCCAAAUAGAAGGAAAUCACCUCUGAAAAACAGUUACUUAAAAGCCAACUGAACCUCACGUUUAGGAGACUUUUUAACUCAAAUAAUUCAGUUGUUAUGUGAAAAUAAUUAAGAUUUACUUUCCUCCAAAUUGAAAAUUGAAUCUGUUUUAUUGCCUUUUCCAUUUGUAUUACUGUCUUGACAAAUUUUCCCUGUUGGUUACAUGAAAUUCAUAGAUGUGUCUUCUAGGUAGUGGAGGUUAACUCUCUUGUAUGUUUUGAUGUUUUUGUCCUUAAAUUGUCUCUUAUUUCUCCAAAUGUCUUUUUUUACUUGUUCGUAUAUUUCAAAGUGUGCUUUCAUUAAAGAUGUUGUUAUAAGG